AUGAAUGAAGAUUCGGCACACCGAAUAAAUCGGAGUGUCUCAGCCCAAAUAUCACCAGCAUCAUUAAAUAAGUAUGCUCCAAAAAUUACUCGACCGACUCCAGAAAUUCCUAAAUACCAAUGUUGCAAUUUAUUAUCAGUAAGUCUAUGGGAAUCUAUAACAGGGGAGAAAACAACUCCUGCAAGAAUCUCACAGAUAAUCGAUACAUUUUUACCUCAGCCUCCGGGAACCGUUGUUGGAUCUCCAUUUUACAGCCAACAAUCAUCACAGUACGUAAAAAUGGCAAAAGACAGACAAGAUUGCAUUAUGCUUCAAGAACAAAUUGAUCAUGCAACACCAGCUGAAAGAGAUACAAUAUUCAACGUAUUAUAUCCGCAUAUGGGAGAUCUUGUAUGCGAUGGAGCAGCAAACUUUCUUAUACAGAAACUUUGUGAAUAUCUUAAUGAGGAACAACAGACAAGGAUGCUUGCAUUUUUCAUGGAAGAUGUUCAAAGAAUAGUCGAUCAUCCAAACGGAUGUCGCGUUUUACAGAAAUUUAUAGAGUCUACAACUUCACCUAGUAAUAUUGAUCCAAUUUUCUUAGCAUUACUUCCCAGGUUUGUAGAAUUAUGCAGUAGCCAAAACGGAAAUCACAUUGCCCAACGUUUUAUUAUCAAAAUCCCGCAAAGAGUUCCAGAUAUUAUCAAUAAAAUCAAAACACACGUUUACGAUCUUGUUGUUGACAACUGGGGCUGCAGAGUUAUUCAACAGCUCUUUGAUCGUCUUCCUAUACAAGAAUUAAUACCUCUUGUCGAUGAAGUUUUAUGUCGCGCGGAAACUUUAGCGACAAACCAGUUCGGAAACUACGUUGUUCAGAACAUUUUGAAUAGCGGAACACCAGAACACAUCCAAGCUCUCAUUGAUGCAUUCACAGGGCACUUCUAUGAGUUUUCCAUGCAUAAAUUUGCAUCGAAUGUCAUAGAAAAAUGCAUAAGGAAGGCAAAUCCGCAACAACAGAAUAUGAUAUUUACAGAGAUUAUAGGUCCUGAAGGGAACUAUAACAGGCCAAGAAUCAAAGAAAUGGUUUCCGACCAAUUUGGAAAUUAUGUUAUCCAAAGAAUCAUAGAGUUUGGUACAGAAAGCCAGCAGAACAUUAUUUACUUGGUAACAUAUGAUAAUUACAACUUUUUGUUCAAGUGCAGCUAUGCCAAACACGUAAUUUCAUGUCUGACAAAUCUUGGAUACGAGUUUUAA